CACCCGUAUCAUCUGGUCAAAUUUUACCUUGUUUUCCUUUCUCGCCGAGAAUAAAGUCCCAAUACGAUUCAGCCAUGCAUCGAACCCAACAAGAUAGAUCUCCAAUGUUGCUGAACCACGACCAUGUCGCAGCGGCAUUGUUCAGAAAGCAAACUCCUACGCGAAGGUGGAAAAGUCUGUGCGGCAUUGAUUGGCAUUUAUAUAGUCCAAGCAAACAUGCUUCGUCAACAAAUCGGCUUGCGAAGCGUCGAGAAAUUCGGCAGACCACAUGUAUAGAGCGCGGUCGAUUUGUUUUUGUUUUGUCAUUUUCAGCGUGAGAAUCCGCAGGUCGCGCCUAGGUCAGGUGUUCGAAUCGACGUCGGUUGGUGCGUAGUACAUUCGUUCGUUCUUGCUUUUUGUUUCGACUUCGUGCCUUUGAACUCGAGGCAUAACUGACGUGACUGCAGUCUCUAACGGCUUCUCUGCCCGCGUGCGUUCAGUCGGCAUUGUCGUUGGCAUUCAUAUGUUGCUAGCAAUUAUGCUUACUCAGACAAGUUGGCGACUCAUCACCGACUUUAGUUCCGGCAGAUCCCCAUAAACAGGAUCGUCGACUUGUCGUUUUGCUGUUUUGACGCGAAGUUCGCGCAGGUCAGGAGUUCGAAUGCCGGCUGGUGUCAAGCAAGUAUUUUCCUUUUCCUUUCUUUUUCAAUCGACUUCCCUUAACCGGCGCAAACAACAGACAAAGUAAUUCUGCCCGAGGUAUCCGUCUGUUCAUCGCUGCUCUUAUUUGGACCCAGCAAACGAAUGGACAAACAAACAUAGAAGUAAAACUUUUGCAAACAAACGUCCUAGACAGCAGCAAACUGCACGUAGCGGAAAUGCCAUGUUCCCAAUUCUUCCCGUUCCCAACAAUAGAUGCCAGCCUUUCGCACGAAUUUCUCACUUUUUUCACCUCUUCAAAGACCUGCAAUGAAAAGUCUCGAACCAUCACAGCCGCAAGCCAUGCCCCGCGAAACCGAAGAAGAAAUGUUCCGCCGUGUUGCGUCCGAAGCUCGCCGUGAAGCUCGCAUCGAACAGCAACGUGAUUUUGAACGCAGACGACAGAGAAAGCUCGAGCGGAGAAUGAAGCGGGAAGAGGAAGCAAGAAGACUCAUCGAGGAAGUCGCUGCCAAGAAUCCGGGUGUGGUCGCGAAGAGGGUCAAUGGGCGUGGAAGAGGCAUAUUGGCUAAGCCGAGGAAGAGAGUGAUGCGUUCGUGUUCUCCAGUUGUUGUCGACGAUACCAUGGAGGGCGCGGAGGAUGAUGGAUGGGUGCCUUUGAGACGGGACGUUGGGACGGAGACGGAUCCGAUUGAGACAUGUUUCGUGCAGGGCGAGGCCGGAGAAGAGGUCGAGGGUGAUGAUGUCGGAAGAGAGUAUUCAGCAAUUGCAGCUGAGAUGGACGUUGAUUGCGAGGUGGUCAUUGGUGAUGCCUCAGGUAGAAUGAGCGAGACCAAGGCAGCAGAAGGUCAUGAAGGCUCGGGCAGUGAGCUUCCGGAAUGGGAGAAGGCCUGGAAGGAAGCGGUGGAAGCAUUUCAAGAGGAAUGCAAUGUGGAAGCUGAUCGAUACGAUGCUACGCUUUCGAUGUAUCUGUGAUUGAAUAGUAACGGUCCG